GCCCUUCAGGCUUGAAUGCUAGGUAGCUCGAGAGCGCGGCGUUUGUACGAUUUCGUAAGGAUCCUUGCUGCAAGUCUGUGUUUGUGUUGGUGGUGGUGCUCGCAGCUCGUUGGAAGAAAGGGCAGAAUCAUUCUGAGAAUGAGACGUCAACAGAGUUGUCACAUCGCAUCACUCAAAUCACAUCACAAGGUGGACGUCCCUCAGGCAUCUGUUGACAUCAUAGUCAUGAGCAAGCUGGAUGACGCAACGACCACCUCCUCUCGCUGCGUCUCUUUUUGGGCUAGCUGUUCGUGGAGAACGCGAGUUACUUCCACGCCCUGAUGCCUCAAUCAUUUAGCAGACUCUGAAGCGCGUGUCAGCAUUGCUGUCGGCCGGAUCCUGGUUGUUGGAUAAGGGAUUGUUACAAUGGAAGCAGGAAGCUCUGGUCAUGGGCCAGCCCAUGAUGCUGGCCUUGCGGAGGCACUCUUGUCGAGCCCCGAAGAACGUCAUGCUUCUGCUGCUAGAAGCACACUGGUCAAUAAUGUGAGCGUUCUCAAGCUGAACUCGUUCAGCGGCGAUACGGAAGACGCUGGCCCCAACCUCUCGGACUCGUUGAGAGAGUCUUUGUCCAUUGCCUGGCAAAACCUGUGCAGCCAGCCCGUCGCCGUCCUAGGCAGUACACUUGAGUCAUGGGUACCUUGCAUCAGAACCCUCCGGAACUACUCCUUCCUAGAUCUUCAGGGGGACUUCAUAGCAGGGAUGACAGUGGGAGUUAUGCUGAUUCCGCAAAGCAUGGCCUACGCUCGCAUUGCGGGGCUGGAGACCGUCUAUGGCUUGUAUGCUGGCCUGGCCCCCAGUUUCGCGUAUGCCGUCUUUGGCAGCUCACGACAGUUGGCAGUUGGACCGGUGGCGUUGGUGUCGCUCCUCGUUUCACAUUCACUAAGAGACUACAUAGACCCAGAGUCCCCCGACCCUGCUUUGAAGAAGCUAUAUGCAGAGCUGGCAAUACUGCUCUCUCUACUAGUUGGCCUAAUCAAGAUCCUGUUUGGCCUCCUGCGUAUGGGCUGGAUCGUGCGCUUCCUGAGCCACCCGGUGGUCUCCGGCUUCACGACCGGCGCGGCCAUCAUCAUUGGCUUGAGCCAGGUGCGCUACUGGAUGGGCCUGCGCUUCCCCGCCAGCGACCGCCUCCACGUCAUACUGCGCAACAUCUACGUCAACCUGGGGCACACGCACUGGCCCGAGGCGAUCAUGGGGGUCGCCGCGCUCCUGUUCCUGCUCAUCAUGAAACACCUCGGAAAGUCGUUCAAGGGCCUGCACUUCUUACGGGUCCUCGGGCCUCUCGCUGCAGUCAUCGUCGGGACGCUCUUUGCGUGGCUGACACAGGCUGACGUGCGCGUGAUCGGUCACAUUCCCAAGGGGCUCCCCGGGUUUGCGCCCUCCUGGAACCACCUAGAGUACGUGCAGCGGCUAGCCCUGCCCGCGUUAGUCAUUGUCGGCGUCGGCUGCAUCGAAUCGGUCAGUAUCGCGAAAGCGCUCGCUGCCCGGCACCAUUACGACCUCGACGCGAACCAGGAGUUGGUCGGGCUGGGGCUCGCAAACCUGAUUGGGUCGGUGUUUUACGCGUACCCGGCCUACGGCUCGUUCACGCGGUCUUCGGUGAACAACGACACGGGGGCGCGCACGUCGAUGGCGGGCGUGUUCAGCGCGGUGCUGGUUGUGGUGGUGAUCAAGUACCUGACGCACCUGCUGUAUUACCUGCCCAUGAACAUCCUGGCGUCCAUCGUCAUGUCAAGCGUCAUAGGCCUGCUCGAUUACCCGGAGGCGCUCUUCCUGCUCAAGGUCAACGGCAAGGACUUCUUGCUGUGGAUGCUCGCGUUCCUAGGCACGCUCUUCUUCGGCGUCGAGACCGGCGUCGUGGUGUCAGUCAUUUUGUCGCUGGCCUUCGUGGUCAACGAGUCGGCCAACCCGCACACUGCGGUCCUGGGGCGGCUCCCCGGGACGACCGUGUACCGCAACCUGCAGCAGUACCCUGACGCGAUCACGACGGAGGGAGUCGUCAUCGUCCGUAUCGAUGCCCCCAUCUACUUCGCCAACGUGCCUUUCAUCAAGGACACGCUGAGGCGGCACGAGAGCCUGGGGUCGGGGUCGGAGGAGCUCCGGUUCGUGAUCCUGGAGAUGACGCCCGUCAGCUCGAUCGACUCCACUGGCUGCCAUGCGCUAGUCACCAUCUAUACUGAGUACAUGACACGUGGCAUCCAGCUGGUGUUGGUGAACCCCAACCGGGUGGUCCUCGAGACGCUGACGCGAGCCAGCAUCCCCGAUCUCAUCGGGCGCCAAUGGUUCUUCGUGCGCGUUUACGAUGCCGUACAGGUGUGCGUCGCUGAGAUGAAAUCUCCGAGACCCGGGUCUGGCGGCAGCAGCCCUGGCCAGUACAGCCCGCCCCCCGCCAUUGCCGAGGCGACCGUCCCUGACCUGGAAGAGGGGUCGAUGUCGCCCUCCGCUCUCGGGGCCGACUUCAUUUCGCCGUACAUUCUUUCUCAAGACAAUGCCUCCCGAUCGGCGGUCCGGCACCUGAGCAUUCCGCGGCCGAAGAAACGGAAAGCGGAGCUCCUGAGGACCGGCUCGUUUCCUGCCCCCGGCACCUCUGGUGCACCCUCGUCCCCCAAGCGACAUCCGCACUCCGGGUGCCUGUACCGAGGUUCCAUCUUCUGACGCGCCGCAGCGUUUAGAAAGGGGUUGCAGUCUAGAAAACGCUUCGCUUGGUCACAAACUGUUCGGACUCAGAGUGCUCCGGGUAUUCGCCCGGAUUGUGCGGGCAUCAAAAAGUGGUAGCAUGCUGUAGCUUGUAGGACAAACUGCCUGCUUGAAACAGCGGCUCUAGCUAGGGCUUUACCGUCACCUGGAUUGCGCAGCGCAGCUGGAUAGUUUUGAUUGAGAUUGAUACGACCCUGGCAAUACCGUACAAGCGCCGACUGUCCUAGUCACAACAUAAUCAGGCCGGGGGUACGUCGUCGAAGAAUAACGUUCAGAUGGUUAGCGCGGCCUGAAGGCGGCUGUAGGGACCUCAUCACGGUGUCAUGCGGACGACGCGGUAGAAUAAAUUAUGGCCAGGAACAAAUGUGCAAAUGGAUUUCGACGCACGAGCCUGACAUUAUUGGGGCAAAGCUCCAUUCGCGGCCAUUCAAUGUUCCCUCGAUUCAGGUGAUGCAAUUUUAU